CAAAAUCUCAGAGAGACACUCACAUCAUGGCGUACCCAAAGAAUGUCGGCAUCAAGGCCAUGGAAAUCUAUGUCCCAGCACAGUGCCUGGACCAAUCUCUCUUUGAGAAACACCAAAGUGUUUCAGCCGGAAAAUACACCAUUGGACUGGGCCUCCAGUACAUGAACUACUGCACCGACAGAGAAGACGUCUGCUCUCUAGCCCUGACAGCCGUGUCUUCCCUACUCCGCAAGUUCAACAUCGACCCCACCUCCAUUGGACGCCUAGAAGUAGGCACCGAAUCCCUCAUCGACAAAGCCAAGUCCAUUAAAUCAGUCCUCACAACGCUAUUCGAGCCAUCGGGCAACACAAGUCUGGAAGGAGUUGACAAUAUACACGCCUGUUACGGCGGCACUAAUGCGUUAUUCAACGCCGUCAACUGGGUGGAGUCACGGUCUUGGGAUGGUCGGGAUGCAAUCGUUGUUGCCUCGGACAUAGCCCUGUACAAGGAGGCAUCCUCCCGCCCAACCGGUGGCGCGGGUUGCGUCGCCAUGCUUGUCGGUCCGAAUGCGCUGCUUUCUUUUGAGCCAAGCCUAAGAGGUCCCGAUCUCAAAGUGGAGUUUCCCAUUCUCGACGGUUAUGGUUCUAUUGUCUGUUACCUCAGUGCUGUGGAUGGAUGUCACAAGGACCUGCUCCGUCGUGCCAAUGCUGACAGAAACAGGCUCGGAAGGAAUAAAUCAAAAGGUGACUUGAAGGGUGAAGUGAGAAAUGGAUCGAAUGAUGAACAGAAAGUCCUUGACCUCUUUGACUACAUGGCAUUCCAUACCCCAAACUGCAAGCUUGUCAGCAAGUCGUACGGCCGACUCAAGUACAACGACUGUCUGAAUGAUGGUGACUGGGAGGGAAUUCCCGACGAACUUCAAAAACUCGGCUACCAAGAGUCCCUUAAAGACAAAGCACUAGAAAAGGCGCUCGUGGCUGUGACGAAGAACCAGUUCAAGGAGCGAGUGGAGCCGUGUAUUGUUGCACCCUCGUUAUGCGGCAACAUGUACACUGCCAGUCUAUACUGUUCACUCAUCAGUCUGGUAAGCAACAUUGAUCUCGAAGACGCGGAAGGAAAAACCAUCGGGAUGUUCAGCUAUGGAAGUGGAGCUGCAAGCACCCUUUUUGGCCUAAAAGUCACUGGUGAUCUCACGGAUAUGGUCCAGAAGAUUGAUCUGAUGAAUCGUUUAAAGCAGCGACACAUUUCGACCCCAGAGGAGUACGAGGAGGCCUGCGCCCUCCGAAUGAAUGCCUACGGGAGCAAGAGUUACAAGCCCGUUGGUGAUGUAGCGUCCCUGGUACCUGGAACAUACUACUUGGAGAACAUCGAUAACGCAUACCAGAGAACCUAUGUGAUCAAGCAAUGA